AUGGGUCUUUUACCAGCUUAUAUGGACAAAAUCGACGAACUAGCUCUGUCGGAACACAAGACACACGGUCAAAUUUAUACUUUCUUGAUUACUUUUCCAAAAUUCACUUUAUUUACACAACUUCGUCGGCUAUAUUUUCAGAUUGAUAUGGAAGCUUGUGAUGAACAUUUGAUUCAGAAAGCUAUUACUUCGUUAUCAAAAACAAAUAUCGAUGCUCUAGCGAUAAAAGUAAUUGGACUAAAAGAGCAGAAAAGUAUGCCAUAUGGACUGAAUUUACCUUCUUUAUUUGCAUUGUCAACACUGAAGAAGUUUUCGUUUGCUACCGAUGCAAAAGAUCCAUUUUAUUAUUCUGACAAUCUUCAUAUCUGUUCCAAGAUCGAAUAUUUAACUAUUUCUGAUCCAGUCAUAGCUUUUGACGAUUUACCUUCACUUUUAUAUGCUAUGCCCAACCUCGAACAUCUCAAUGUUCGGCUUACUUCUGCAGAUUAUCAUUUUAGACAACAACGAAGAAUAGAUCUCAAAACAGACCUUCCAUCAAUACCUACGCUGAAAACAUGCAUUUUACAAAUUGAGAAUACAUGUUCUGUUAAAUUUAAUUUAUUAGCACAUUUUUUAAAAGCAAUGCCUGCUUUACGUCACUUGGGAAUCACGGCAUCAUAUGAACUUUUCAAUGCUCAUGAUUGGGAAAUGUUAUUAACGACAUCAUUGACCGCACUCACUCAUUUACGUCUUCAUGCAACGACAACAUAUCACCACAAUGAUGUAUUACCAGAUUUACUAGAUCCAUUUAAAACUUCAUUUUGGAUUGAAAAAAAAAUUUCAUGA